AUGGAAGAUGAUGGGGUGGUAUACGUUGAGCUUCGAACGACCCCGAGAGCGAUCCUUGGAGAGGGCGUAACCAAGGAUGAUUACGUGAAGACCGUUUUGGACAUACUCAAUGCCCAUAACGACGAUGCUAACAACACCAUGCGAGCUUUCCUCAUACUGUCAAUCGACCGUCGCAACAACAUCGCAGACGCGGAAGAAGUCGUCGAUCUUGCCAUCAAGUAUCAGUCCGCCGGCGUUGUUGGUGUCGACCUAUGCGGCGACCCAGCGAAAGGUGACAUUCGCAUCUUCGGCGAUAGCUUCGCUCGGGCAAAGGCUGCCGGACUGAAGAUCACGCUGCACUUUGCCGAGAGCGAAAACUCUUCCUCGGAUUUAGAGUUGCAAACUCUCCUGUCAUGGCAACCUGACAGACUUGGUCAUGUCAUACAUGUGACGGAUGAGUUUAAGAAGACUAUCGAGCAGCACGGAAUCGGCGUUGAGCUGUGCCUCAGCUGUAACGUCCAUGCCAAGAUGAUCACGGGCACUUACUCGGACCACCACUUUGGAGUGUGGCGACACAGCAGUGUUCCCGUCGCUCUGAGCGUACGUUCAGCUCUGGAAACUGUGUGUUCCGUGUGA